CAGAACACGUGUGUGAGAUUUAAAUGCGCCUGCGCGCGGGAAUGACAGUGGUGUAGAGAAGGAAUUUCUUUUUGUGGGAAACUACCAUAAAUACUUCUACUUUCCAGGAGUAGGAACCGGAACCGGUACCGGAAUCGAUUGCAUUCAUAAGCCCUGUACUUGGAACCGGAACCAUUAUUAUUACUGCCAAAGAACCGGUAUUUUACGACUGACGUGUCUUUAUGCUUGUAUUGAGUUGAACAUAUGUUUCGUAUAGAUCUUAGAUCAUAUGUAUGAUAUGUAACGUAUAGAUAGCCUGGUACGGCCAUGAAGAGGAUACUGAGGGGGUAUCGUAGAUGAAUGAAAAGGAAUGGCAAGAAAUGCUAAAAAGGGGAUGUGGAGAAGACGUACAGGGUAAUGAAAAUGAUGCCAAACGUGUAAAAAUGGUAAAACAAAAACAUGAAGAAGACAAGAGGUACAUUGAUGUAGAAUCAGGUGUUUCAUAGAAUCUUGAAUUAAUUGUGAAGACCUAAUAAAAAAACGUGAUAAAUGCGCAAAAAAACGAAGCCUAUAAAAGUUAAACUCAAGAACGCAAUGGGGUUGAAGGAAACGUGAAAAGGGGCAAAGAAGUUGUGAAAAAUUCAACUUCGGUAGAUGUGCGCCGCUACUGAGCGGACUGUACAAUAGCCACAAUAUUUGCUGUCACAUCAUAUGUGAGGUUAUGUUAACUGGACUGUCUUCGUAAAUUGUGUAAUUAUUAUUGACAAAUUUUUUAUUCUCCGGUUAGUGAAACAUUUAAUAAAUUGGUGUUAAUUAUUUGUUAAAAUAAAGGUCGCAAUGAUGUCGUGCACGGCAGAAUAUGUGGUGUGGUGUACAAUCGAAUAUAACUCGAUGACUAUAAUGUGUAAAAACUGUUACUUGAUGAAUAAAAAGACUAAGAUCAAUCUGUGACCCACUGCUUAAAUUUUUUUCUAGCAUUAAUCUUACAUAAUGGCAAACUCCCUUAAGAAAAUUCGCUCACGUCGACGUCUCGCAGCCGUCUCAUUUUUGUCGAAUAUCUCUCUCGACGGGAACUAUCACGAUUCGAAGAUGAAAAACGGUGCCGCCGUUAAAAACGAAAUAUUACUACUGUCGCCGACCGAUGAGGUACUCGCCGAAGAGUCCGGACCCGAAGAUUGCUUUAGCGAUUGCGAUUCCGCCUACACGAAGCGAGAUUCGAAGAGAAAUUAUAACGUUGAUCGACAGUCGUUAAGCUCGGAGUCUGAUAGCAUCAUAAUACCUCUUAAAACGUACCUCGAGGAUGCAACGCCGCCGAACGGCAGAGAAAGAACAAAAUCCGCAAGCGACACGACUCAAGAGCGGAAAGCGCUGCCGAGCUAUCGUAAGAGAUUAAUUCAUCAAAGUGACACUGAUCGGCAGUACGGAAGCAGUUCUGAAAGCAUUGGCCCUGUUACUGCAAGGACCAAAACAAGCCCUGCACCACCGGCUGCGAUACUCGAGGUGAACGCCGAAAAGGAAAUCAAAAUUAUCAAAUCUGUCCAGAAUUAUAAAUUUAACGGCGAACGAAUUGUAAUGGUUACGAAUAAACACAGCCCGUUUCUGGUAUGCUCUUUCAUACCGUAUUUGAAAAAUUAUAAAGUUAGAUCUGAAUUGAGGCACCGCGAGGGAACGCGCAAACGAAACAUUUCCGGCUCGCGUCCCCUAUCGUCUAUCGGUGAUCCGCUCGAUCCAUUCGAAUUGCUUGGAAUUGAGAAAGGACUCGAAGGACAGGAGGUCUCGUAUGGGAAAUUAUUAUUUCCGACCGCCACGGUGAAGGAGUUUUGUGAUCGACGUCACAAUGGCUGCGAAGAGAGUAUCGAAUACACGGCACCCACAAGUGAACGACCGAGAUAUGUGGUCGCGAGGACAAAAGUGUUAACUCAGCAACCCGGAUAUAAAUGGUGCUUUUCCUACGAUCAAGCAACACAACGUGGCACGUCUCACUCGAUUACGACCUCGCCACCGAGCGAAGACGCGCCGAGCUCCUUGCCAACGUACUCCCCGAGCUUAUUAGACGAUCCCGAACUGAUCGCGGGCAAACAUCGAACUUUACUAACCUUCACCUCGUACGUAACGUCGGUGAUCGACUACGUUCGACCGUCCGAUCUGAAAAGGGAAAUAAACGAUAAAUUUAAAAUUCGUUUUCCCCACAUACAGCUAACUUUAAGUAAAUUGCGAAGUAUCAAGAGAGAGAUGAGAAAAAUCGCGAAGGCGGAGACCGGAAUCGAACUGGUGACCGUCGCCCAAGCGUACGUCUAUUUCGAGAAGUUAAUACUGCGCGGCCUGAUCAACAAGCAGAAUCGCAAGCUGUGCGCCGCUGCCAGUCUCUUGCUGUCGGCAAAAUUGAACGACAUCAAGGGGGACGCGCUUCGGGCGUUAAUCGAAAGGACCGAAAGCGUCUUUCGGUUAAACCGUAAGGAGCUGUUCGCCUCCGAGUUUGCCGUGCUAGUGGCGUUGGAGUUUGGACUGCAUAUUCCUACUUGGGAGGUGUUUCCUCAUUAUCAAAGAUUAUUGUACGAAUCUUGACCUACGCCUCGUUACUACAUCUGAUUGAUUGUUUAACUGUUUAAAUUUUAUUUCGUUUGCAUUUUUGUUGAUUGUUUUGUUAGUGAUAGUUGUAUAUAACACUUUUCAUUCUUAUUCAUGUACGUACCUACCUUUUGUACCUUUGCCUGGGAACUUUUAAUAAUAUUAUAGUACAACAAAUGUAA